UUUGGUUUUUGAAGUGAAAACAGAAACGAUGUGCAGGACAUUUCUGCAGCUGCUGAUCCUGGUGUCACUCAGCUGUCUGUCAUGGGGUGAAGACGAGGCAGAGGUUACUGUUUCCUGCCCAGCAUAUCAGAAGGCCUUUGCAGGCUCCUGCUAUGAGUUUGUGGCUCACCAACGCUCUUUUUUCAGUGCUCAAGCUUGGUGCGAGGAAAGUGGAGGACACCUUGCAUUUAUUCCAGAUGAAGACACUCAAUAUUUCCUUCAGGGACACCUGGACCCUGAGGUAGACACAUGGCUGGGAGUAGCACGUUCUGCCUCUCCAAAUCUUACGUAUUCUGGAACUACUGAAGGUGCUUUGUCUUGGCUGGAUGGUUCACAUAUUACCUAUUCAAACUGGGCAAGCAGCCCGCAGCCAGGAGCCGCCUGUGGACACAUCUUAAAGGAUUCAGGCUUUCAGUGGGAAGCCACAAGAGACUGCAACAAAACACUGGGUUUUAUCUGCCAGUUUGAAUCUGGUAGAUCCAUUGUGUGUGCGGGUCGUAACACCACUCUGCAGUGUGGUUCUGGUCAAGUGUUAAUGAUAGACGCCGGCGUCUACGGUCGUAAGAACAUUCAUUACUGUCAACCCACGCUCCCCCCACCAACAGCAUCCACACAACAUCAGUGUGGCUGGGUGGAUGUUGUGGAGACAAUCACAGCUCACUGCCAUGGCCGUCAGGUUUGCCACAUUGCUGAAGUUGUGAACUCCUUUGGUGAACCCUGUCCUGAGCUGGGGAGCUACCUGUCUGUGGACUACCACUGCAAAGAUGGGCUCGCACUGACAGUGAGCACUGUGGCUGCUGUUUUUAAUAACGUCACCAUCAGCAUAAAGUGGCUCUUAGAUUUGUCAUGGGGAAACCUCAUCUGCAGGCUGAGCACUGGAGAUGGCCGUGUUGUUUCUCUGGACAGUCCAGAGGGGUUGGAGAGCAGUGUGAUGCACAGAUAUACUUAUCCAAGUACAUUUACUGUGGCACUUGAGUGCACCAGCAAUGGCACACAUUUUGCUGCUGAGAAAAUAACUACCAUUCUAGAGCCCAUCACCGACAUUGGUGUAAUCAGGUGCUAUGCUGAAAAGAUGUUUUUCCAUGCAGCCAACUGUAAAGCCCUGUAUGGACGGGCAUUUCAAAUUCAAAUAGAAGUAACAUCAGGUUCAAAUGUGACCUAUAGAAUCCAGAGUGAUGAAAUGGUCUUGUCCAGUUUAUCUGUGGUCAGAGGAAAUGUUCCCCACAACAUCACAGUGACCCAAGCGAUGGUGAAGCAGCUCGGGCCUGGCUGCCACCAGCUGACUCUUUAUGCAUCUAACGUGGUCACAUUCCCUGAAGUGUCCACAAACCUGCAGGUGUGUGUUUUGGAGAAAAUAGCUGGACUUCAGGCAUCUGUGCUGACAGAGAGGAACGACUGUCAGGACUCUCCAGAUAUUACUGCUGAGACAAAGAGUUGCUACAAAGAGGCAGGGAAAAGGCCGCUUAUAGAGAAAAUGAAUGGCGGGACUGAAUACACUGUCAAACAAAAGUAUCUUGAUGUGGCCAAGUCAAAUGGUGUCACUGUGGUAGUAACUUCUGUGGGUGAUGAACCUGUUUACACAACAUUCAACACAAAGACAUCAUCUCCAGAGAAACCAGCUCCAACCAAAGAUGACACCAGUGGCACUGGCAGCACCAGUGGCCCAACCAGUGGCACCGGCGACAACAGUGGCCCAACCAGUGGCACCGGCACCACCAGUGGCCCAACCAGUGGCACCGGCAACAACAGUGGCCCAACCAGUGGCACCGGCGACAACAGCGGCCCAACCAGUGGCACCGGCGGCAACAGUGGCACCGGCGACAACAGUGGCCCAACCAGUGGCACCGGCGGCACCAGUGGCCCAACCAGUGGCACUGGCGGCACCAGUGGCCCAACCAGUGGCACCGGCGACAACAGUGUGGCCCAACCAGUGGCACCGGCCAACCAGUGGCACCGGCACCACACAGUGGCCCAACCAGUGGCACCGGCGACAACAGUGGCCCAACCAGUGGCACCGGCCGGCAACAGUGGCCCAACCAGUGGCACCGGCGGCAACAGUGGCACCGGCGACAACAGUGGCCCAACCAGUGGCACCGGCGACAACAGUGGCCCAACCAGUGGCACCAGCGGCAACAGUGGCCCAACCAGUGGCACCAGUGGCGCUGCUACCACCGGGGACACAACUUCACCAGCAACCACCAUCAAUUUUGAAAGCCUCUCAUGUAGCAUAUCACCAUCGAGUGGAAGAAUCUUCGAAGCUUUCAGUAUAACUUGCAAGACUAAAAUUCCCUGUGCAAACUGUCACUAUUGUUUUAAGUCUGAGGGUAGGCAUCUGCGUUGCAGCAAGAAGAAUGAAGUGAAAUCAGUCUUCCUUCCUCUUGGAGACAGCCAAGAGGACUACAAACUGAUAGUCACAGCAACUCUAAAAAAUAGCAGCUUUGCAGUUAGCACCACUAUAACUACACAGGUGCAGGAUUCCACAGAAGCCUCUUCAGUAGACGGUCUUAAGAAGUUUAUGGAGAGUGAUUUGAGUCAACUGAAGGAACAAGGCCUAGUGUCAGGAGCAGCCAUAGCACAGAUCUUCAGCUCUGUGUCCGACAAACUCAACAGUCAAUCUGAUGAAUCGAAAAAAGCUGAUAGGCAAAAGCUUCGUGAGCAGAUGUUGAACAUAAUGACUGACACAGUAAAAGAGGUUCCCAGCAACACUCCUGAAGAAGUUCAGGUGAUGGCCAGAGGUCUGUCUGCUGUUGUCAAGAAAGGUGAUGAGCUCAGCUCCUCUGCUCAGGAAGAGGCUUCAUUAUUAUUUGUGAGCCUCAGCUCAUCUCUCCUCAACGUGGACGUGGACAAAAGUGAAGAAAACAAGAAAGAAAUUCACAGUGCAGCCAGCAGCAUUGUAGAGGGAGCAAGCAAUAUCCUGGGUUAUUCCACUUCCACAAAAAAUAUCUCUGAUGCCGUUCUUCUUACACUGUACAAUGCACAGAGUGCACUGUUGAUAUUAAAAGAUGUCAACGAGGAGCCAUCUAUUAUCCAAACAGCUAAUAUUGGUGUUUUUGUGAAGAGAGUGACACCGAGAAGUUUGCACACAGAGUCUAUAAAUAUUCCCAAACGUUCCUCACCUUCAUUUUCUCUCCCAGUCCUACCGUCCAACAUGUUACCUUCAGAAGAACCAGUGGAUAUACGAAUGCUGAGUUUAGACAAAAAUCCAUUUUCCUGGAAUGAGAGAGGAAACAUCAGUGGGCUAAUAGGUGCUCUAUCCCUCACAACAAAAGAUAAUUCCAGUAUCUGUGUGGAGAAUUUGAAUGAGGAUAUUGAGAUUCUGUUGCCAAGGCCUGUUGGAGAGCAAGUAAACACCACAGUUUUGGACCUGGGGAACUUCAGCACAACGGUCAUAGACAUUCCUUCAGAUGACACCACGCUGGUGUUAAAGAUGGUGCCUUCAAAGGACCCAUUACCCAUCAAACUGUUCCUUGGUUAUAAGGCGUAUCCAACAGAAACAAGUCAUGUAGCAAUGACAGAGAUGCCUCACCAGGGAAAUACAGAAGAGGAGAGAUAUACUUGGCUACUAGAUCCUAAGACAUUAAAGGGAAACACUGGAGUGCACUAUCUUGUAGUGAGGCCUGUCGUGGGUCCGGGGAUAAAAUCUAUCAAUGCCAGUUUAUCAGUCACCUCCAUUACUGCUGCUUGUAAAUUUUGGGACGAAUCAGUGCUGGGCUGGGACAAUAAAGGAUGCAAGGUUGGUGUUCAGACCACACAUUUAGUCACCCAGUGCCUCUGCACCCACCUCACCUUCUUUGGGAGCUCUUUCUUUGUCACUCCCAACCUCGUCGACCCGUCGCGCUCUGCCGAGCUGUUUGCAACCUUUGCUGAGAACCCAGUGGUUGUGUGCUUCGUGGGUGCGCUCUUUGUGGCCUAUUUCUUGGUUGUUGUGUGGGCACGGCGAAAAGACAUCCAAGACACGGCCAAGGUGAAGGUGACAGUGCUGGGAGACAAUGACCCCAUGGACGAGUACCGCUACCUGAUAAGUGUGAGCACUGGGUAUCGGAGAGGAGCCUCCACUUCCUCUCAGGUGGCAAUAACUCUGCUGGGUGCAGAUGGAAACAGCGAGCCCCACCAUCUGACAGAUCCAAAGAAAUGUGUGUUUGAGAGAGGAGCGGUGGAUGUGUUCCUGCUAACUACACCCUUCUCCUUGGGAGACCUGCAGGGCAUUAGGCUGUGGCACAACAACUCAGGGAGCCAUCCUGCCUGGUAUGUAGGCAAUGUCAUGGUGCAGGAUUUACAGACAAACCAGAAAUGGCAUUUCUUAUGCAACUCCUGGCUGGCCAUAGACGUGGGUGAUUGCUACCUUGAUAAAGUUUUUCCUGUCUCAACAGAUGUGGAUUUGAAGAGGUUCAGUAAUUUGUUCUUCAUGAAAACAACAAGGGAUUUCAGUGAUGGGCACCUCUGGUACUCUGUGGUCAACCGACCACCGAGCAGCACCUUCACUUGUGUGCAGAGAGUGUCCUGCUGUUUCUCCCUGCUGCUCUGCACCAUGCUGACCAGCAUCAUGUUUUACGAUCCGACAGAUCCAUCUGAGCAGACCAUGGACCUGGGUCACUUUGAGUUUACCUGGCAACAGUUCAUGAUUGGAGUUCAGAGUUCACUCAUCAUGUUUCCAGUGAAUAUCCUCAUUGUCACUGUCUUCAGAAAUACCCGUCCUCGGGAGACAUCUUGCUGCAAACGCCAAACAAAAAAAACAGAUAGCCUUGAGCAAGAGAGGACUUUGCAGAUUCCUUCCUCACAGACUGCCACCAGCAACAUGAAUUCCAGUGUCACUUUAGAUAUUGUCAUCAAGGAUAUCACAAGAAUUGCCCGUUCACUCUCUAAGUCGGUGAAAAGCAACAUCCCACGCACAGAGUCCGAGUUUGGGCCGGGACAACAUGUCGAUAUCAAUGCUGUCCUUUCUGUGCUGGAGGAUUUCGUCAGACAGAAUAACAAAACCAGUGACAGCACCCUGUCAAAAACACAGCCUCAGCUACCAGAGGGCAGUGCUAGUGUGCAUCCUGGAACAAACGUGGAGGGCAUUCAGAAGAACAGCAACAAAACCCAGUAUCUGUACAGGCAGCUGUGUCACAUAGACAAAGAGCUGAGUCUGCUGGGACCCUCCGGCUUCUCCACCCCUCACAGCUACAACCAGGCUCUGCAGCAAGUCCAGGGCAUGAAGGGCUUCCUUGAAGAUCAGCUCUUCACAUCCAGCUGUGUCAACCCAGAUGCACCUGCCCAGAAGAAGUUGAGUCCUGCAGAUAGCACUGAUGAUGGCCCUAGUCAGAAGAAAAGGGUGUGCUGUCAUGGAGGGCUACCAUGGUGGUUUAUUUUUGUUGGCUGGCUGCUUGUGAUCGCCACCAGUACUGUAGCGGGAUAUUUCACAAUGCUUUAUGGGUUGAAAUUUGGAAAGGACCGUUCCAUAAGCUGGUUGGUAUCCAUGAUUGUCUCCUUUUUUCAGAGUAUUCUCGUCAUUCAGCCACUGAAGGUGCUGUGCCUUGCAGCCUUCUUUGCACUUGUAAUAAAGAAAGUUGAUGAGGAAGAUUUUCAAAAUGUGGCAAUUGUUAGAGAUGACUCAAACACAGGUGAUUGCAAGGACCAACAAAUAGUCAGACAGGAUAGGAAUCUUUAUGAGCCGCCUCCUCCUGCAGACAUUGAGAAGAUGAAAAGGAACAAGAUUAUGGAGCAGAAAGCCUUUGCCCUCCUCAAAGAGAUUUUGACCUACAUGGUGUUCAUGUGGAUGUUGCUGCUGGUGGCGUAUGGCCAGAGAGAUCCCAAUGCUUUUUUCCUAAACCAGCACAUCCAGGCCAGCUUCGGUAACGAUAUCUUGGACAGCAUGAGUCUUGGGGACAUGUUCACUUGGGCCAAAACUUCUCUACUCAGUAACCUCUUUGGAGUUUAUCCAGGAUUUAUCACAGACGGAAACUCCAAGCUAGUGGGUAAUGCCCGUCUUCGUCAACUGAGAGUGCAGAAGAACUCCUGUCAGAUCGCACGCCCCAUGCUGCAGCACGUGCCAGACUGUCAUGCGCCGUAUUCUUGGGAGGUGGAGGACAUGGGCUUCUAUGGCCCUGGCUGGAACCACUCUGUGAUGGAUAAUACCUCUACGGGAACCCCCAGUCCCUGGAUGUACCAGACACAGGCUCAGCUCAGGGCUUACCCUGUCUGGGGCAAAAUGGUACUCUACAGGGGAGGUGGCUUUGUAGCAGAGCUUGGCCCGGAUUUAGAAAAGGCCAGCAGAACCCUUGAGUAUCUGUUCAACAACACAUGGCUGGAUAUGUACACAAGGGUCCUCUUUGUAGAGUUCACUGUUUAUAAUGCUAAUGUGAACCUCUUCUGCAUCAUCACACUCUUGUUGGAGACCGCAGCUGUAGGAGCGUUUCAGUUCCACAGUGAGCUGCAGAGUGUUCGUCUUUACCAGUCGACCGGUGGUCUUCACAUCUUUGUUAUGGCUGCAGAGAUCAUAUACUUGCUUUUCAUCCUUUAUUACAUGUUCCUGCAGGGUAAAUUAAUGAAGGAACAGCGGUGGGCGUACUUCAGGAACAAGUGGAAUCUUCUGGAGCUGACUAUCAUCUUAUUGAGCUGGAGCGCUGUGGCUGUCUUUAUCAAGAGGACCCUGGUUGGAAACCGCGAUAUGACCUACUACCAAAACCACAGAGACCAAUUUGCCAGUUUUUACGAGACAGCCGCCGCAGACUUGUUGCUUCAGUAUCUGAUCGCCUUCCUCGUCCUGCUCUCCACCGUCAAACUGUGGCACCUGCUCAGGCUGAACCCCAAGAUGAACAUGAUCACAGCCACACUGCAGCGAGCCUGGACGGACAUAUCCAGCUUCCUUGUGAUAAUUGUCAUCAUGUUCAUAGCAUAUUCCAUUGUGUGCAAAGUGAUUUAUGGCUGGAAGCUGUCCUCCUAUAGAACCUUCGCAGAUUCUCUCCUCACGAUCCUCAGCUUGCAGAUAGGCAUCUUUAACUACGAUGAGGUCUUGGAUGACACCCCUGUGCUCGGUGGAUUGCUCUUCGGUUCCUGCAUCGUGUUCAUGACGUUUGUGGUGCUCAAUCUCCUCAUCUCAGUGAUCCUCAUGGCAUUCAACCAGGAGCAGAUACACCACAAGCCCUCAGACGAGGAGGAGAUUGUCGACCUGAUGCUGAAGAAGAUCUGCAGUCUUUUUGGGAUCAGAUAUAAAGAUACUAAAGACGCUGAGGUGAAUGGCAGCAGUGGCUUGACCCUUAAUAACAGCAGAAAUAUGCUUAGUGAUUCAGUUGAUAUAAACAUUUUUCAGACAUCUGACAACUCACCAAACCCCUAGAUAAUGCAGUAUGUUGUAACGUUUCAUAUUUGCAUGUUUUGAAUAUUUUCUGUGCACUCAUUUGUUCAUGUUCAUUAUUCUUUGCUCGUUCCCUCCUGGGAGGUACAGAAUCAUACGGCUGUUUGUUGAUGUGAAUAAGAUGAGAGAACAUGUUAGUCGCAUUGACCUUGAUCAGGAUGCAUAAAUAAAAGUUGCACUGCACAUACUUCGCUUUACAUAGAUCAAAUCUCUUGACACAGCUCAUUCUUUCUGUAUAAUGUCACAAGACAGAUGAUCUCACAGACACAAAAUGCAUACAAAUUAAUAAAGAAUUGACAAAUUAAAAGAUCAUGUAUGGACAGACACUUGUUUAUAUACUUACUUCAUAAACUCCAGAAUAUGAAUUCAAAGCAUGUUUGAUAUGUAUGUGUUUAAUUAAAUGUAUACAUGGGAUAUAUGUGUUUGUGAGUAUUGUAUGAUUUAAUGUGUUUGGUCAAUUAAAGAUCACUAUGGCAAAAAA